UCGGCGCAUGGCGGGGUCAGGCGCGGCGGCGGGCCCGGCCGCCUCCCGGGAGCUGCUGGCCGUGGGGCGCCGAGGAGGGCUGGAAGAAACUUUGCUGAUUAGUUCAAAAGGUAGCAGCAAGAAGGCCACAACUUUACAGACAGUUAGGAUGCCAAGGAGUAGCGUUUUGGACCGUGUACAGAGCUUUUUACCACAGAUGGCUCAUGCAAAUGACGAGCUAAGAAGAAAAAUGGUAACAGCACCAGCCCAUCAGUUUGAUAUUGAAAAUCUAGACAGUGCAAUGGAAAAAGUUAUCGAAAUGAACGUGGCUGUAGUUGAACUGAGUGACUCUGAUACAAAUGAAGAGAUACUAACUUCAGAAGGUGACUCGGAAUCUGAAGAUGACUGUUUAACUGAUGAAGUGACAAUAGACAACAUUAAGUUUCCUAAACAAAAGGGAGAAAAGGGUAAAAUAGAAAUUUUGGACAGCACAGUGAAUGAGUAAAUCCAUUUUAUUUUACUUAAAAAAAACCCCAAGAAAAAACGCAAAUUGUGUUUUCUUACUUUGAAGACUUGGCCUGUAAAACUGCUUUGCUUCUCAGUGUAGCAUCCCUUAAGGUCAUGUGAAAUGCCAUAAGUCACAUGGUGGAGAACUUACGAUCCAGUGAUGACUGAGGCAGGCUGGACUUCUGAGCAAUUAAGUACCAUUUUAUUCAUCAAGCAACAUGGAAAUAAACUUCAUAGUAGGAUCGAUUUAAGAAAGCAGCUAGAAUUUGGGACAGUGGAAUCUGGUUAAAAUUCCUUUUCAAAGAUUUUUGUACUGUGCCAGAAGAAAUUUUUGCUUCAAGGGCAGGAAAGAGUUAACCAGGAAAAAAAGCUUUGGUUUUUUAAUGUUCCAUGUCCUGUGAAGUGUUAUGUACACUUCAAUAUUAAUAUCUUCAAUAUUAAACAUUAUUUUGAAGUAUUUUAGAGGUAUGUCUACGUUGCAUUCAUGACAGUAACUGCUGAACACCAAAGCAGCCGCUGGGGUUGUGCUGGGAUGAGCUAGUGUGGGUAAGCUGUGACUUAAGAAAGAGUUCAGCAAGGGCUUACUUACCCUCUGUGCCUGCACUGAGCCCCCUGUCAUUACAGGGAGGUUACUGGCUCCUAUCUGGAACAUUUGUGGCUGUAGUGCAGAUACUCUCAGUACUUCCAACAGUCAAGUCUGCCUCCGUUGUGGUGCAAUUGCUAUAAGCCACACUUUUCAUCUCGUGCUUUCCCUGCCGUGUUCCUGUCCUUUCCAUUUUGUUAACAGCUGUCACUACCAGAAGAAUAAAAAGGUGAAUUUUCA